CACGUUUCAAUCCUCAACAGGAAACAAGAAAGGCGCUGAAACCUGCAUGAUGCUUUUAAUUUAGGGGCACCGCACAUGCCCAAAACCUAAAUCCUUGUUGGAGCAGUCUUCAGCAGCUGCGACAGAAGCCGUGAGAGGAAAGGGACACUCUAAUUCGUGAGGCCCUGACAGAGGCAGUAGGAGGGUGGCUCUUUAGAGGCAGUCACCUGCACCAUUUUUUGGAAGAAGGUGCACAUGACGAUCUGUCAGCCUGAUGCGAAAUAACCUGCUCCUCUCAGAAUCCAUAAACCCAUUGAACCCAAGCUCCACGUGGUCGCAAAGGGCAGCAAUCAAAGUACUUGAGGUUUGCUGACUCUUACGGCAAUAAGACAAAAGCCGCUAUGGAUCCGGCAGUGCUUGUGCAGGGCCUGAGGAGCACCUUCAGAACUGGCAAGACCAGGCCGUUUGAAUGGAGGAAGCAGCAGCUAAGGGCAAUGAUCAAGAUGGUGCGGGCAAACGAAAAGGCGCUGUGUGAUGCUGUCUUUAAAGAUUUGGGAAAGCCGCCCUUCGAGACCAUCAUAGCAGAGUUGAAUGGGGUCUGCAAUGUUGCGGGGGAGAUGAUCCAGAAUCUUCCCAAGUGGAUGAAACCACAAACGACUGCCGGGAAUGUCUUGGUAUUCCCGUCCACAAACGAGAUCUAUGCGGAGCCGCUCGGGGUUUGCUUGGUCAUUGCUCCAUGGAAUUAUCCAGCUCUGCUGGCGCUUGAGCCCAUGAUUGGUGCACUCGCCGCUGGCAACACCGUCCUUCUCAAGCCUUCGGAGAUUUCAGCGCACACGUCCGCCCUUCUUUCGGAGCUCAUCCCCAAGUACCUGGACACUGAGGCUGUCAAGGUGUUUGAGGGGGGGGUCCCGGAGACCACCGCAGUGCUGGCUCAGAAGUUUGACCAUAUCUUCUACACAGGGGGCACAGCGGUGGGCAAAAUCAUCAUGGCGGCCGCCGCCAAGCACCUGACGCCGGUCGUUCUUGAACUGGGAGGGAAGAGCCCCGCUUAUGUGGACUCCGUAGGAGACUACAUGACCGUGGCGCGCCGUAUGUUGGGAGGGAAGCUGCUAAACGCCGGUCAGACGUGCACUGCCCCCGAUUACGUCCUAGUCCAGGAGGCCAACGCAGACAAGCUGAUUGAGGCGUUGAAGAAAGUUGUGGACGAGUUUUACGUCGGCAACCCCGAGAAGUCCGCCGACUUUGCGCGCAUCAUCAGCGCGCGGCAGUGGCAGCGGCUUGUGGACCAACUAGACACGCCACAAAACAAAAAGUGCAUCGUGUACGGAGGGGAGCGCAACGAGGCCACCAAAUAUAUUGCUCCUACAUUCCUGAAGAACGUGCCCGAAGAUUCCAAGCUUAUGCAAGAAGAGAUCUUCGGGCCCAUCCUUCCGAUCCAAAUCGUUCGCGACAUGCACCAUGCAACCGAGUACAUUCUGGAGCGGCCCAAGCCCCUCUCGCUGUACGUUUUCACGGACAAGAAGGACGUGGCGGAGCACUUCAUCCACAACACGUCGUCCGGCUCCAUUUGCGUCAACGACACAGUCGUCCAAGUUAGCGUGGCCGGACUUCCGUUCGGCGGAGUCGGAGACAGCGGAAUGGGUGCAUAUCACGGUAAAUACACCUUUGAAACCUUCAGCCACAAGAAGGCGGUCUGCCGGAAGGUUCUCGCCUUCGAUGCUGACAUCCGGUACCCUCCAUACACCCCCAAGAAGCAAAGCAUUACUCGGACUCUGAUGAGGGGUGAUUACUGGGGUGUGCUCCUAGCCGUCCUUGGACUCAGAAAGGUUUGCGAUUGAGAACGCUUGAAAGGACGACCAGGUUACAGUAGUUUGGUUGAGAUUGUGUACUUCGACUUAAAGCAUACUUGUAAGGGGGUUGUUCAGCAAACGAGGGCGUCUGAUACAUACGAAGAAGAACACGUCAAGCUUGUGAGAAGAGAGCAUGGAAGCGGUCCGUGCUCCAUGUACAGUUUCCAUUGGGUUAAGUAAAUUGCUAGCGGCAGGAAAAUGACGCCGUUUCAUACAUGAACGGGCAGUGACGAGAUUGACAGUGCUUUGAGUAGAAAAGAAAUGCACAUAUAGUACAGCUUAGGUUCGAACACGUUGACAGUGAGAUGACGAAGGUUGUCUUGGGGUACUGUCAGUCAAGAUAUGCGCCAUUAUCUUCCACCGCUUGUUGUGGUCCCAGCACGUGCGUACCAGCUUCAGGCAGGCAGGCUCAAGAUACGGGUGCCCAUGCACUAAGCCGGCCAAUUUGCGCCCUACACGAACUUCAACGCACCACUCAUCAUCCACUUAUAGCAGUAUCAGGGUCUUCUUUUAUUAUCCCCGAUUUCUACGUGCUUCAGCGACUCCUUGGAUGCAGUCCCUGUGGUUGCGGUCGGGCGGCCCGAGCACCCAGUUUCACUUUAUGACUUUG